GAGAAACACUUUUAAACAUGCACCUGUCAAACAGCACAAAUGGAUCGAAAUAACUAAGCCGCCAAGCGUUCUUCUCAUUUUUCUAAUCAACGUAAGUUUGCUGUUACCGUACGAUUCAUACUCUAGUUUCAAUAUCCGGUAGAGGGACAAUGACCAACACUGAUUGUGAGGCGAACUAUGUGCGUGAACUGCACUUGGCCGCUGCCAAAGGUGAUGGCUCCCGCGUGGACAGCCUGCUGAAAGAGCGGCCACACCUGCUCGAUGCGGCCAACGAGUGGGGCUGGACGCCGCUGAUGCAGGCGGCUGCAAGCGGCCACCUCAACCUCGCAGCCACUUUCAUCAGUCACGGCGCCGACUUGAAUGCCAGCAACAAACUAGGAAUGACAAUUUUGUGCGUGGCGGUAUCGUCUGGAAAAGAACGCUUGGUUCGUCUUUUAUUGGAGCACGGCGCAAACAGCGAGACCUCUGUUAUUUCCGCUGUGGUCCACGGACAUUCGCAUCUCCUGGAUGAAAACCUCUUCACUAACCAAAACAAUGGCACCUUAAAAUUAUCUGGUUCGUCUAGUUUGCACAUGGCAGUGAUCGUGCAGUCGCCGGAAAUUCUGCACACUUUGAUUGUCAGGGGGACUGAUCCUAACGUUCGAGAUGAAGCAGGACUAAGUGCUCUUGACUUAGCCGAGAGGAUGGCUCAGGCUGGCUUGUUUGGAUGUGUUGAAAUGGUCACAACGUUAAGACAAAUAUCAGAAUGCAAGCUCUCUGUAGAGUGGUGCGAUGGCGUGUUGGAAAGUAGUCGGGAUGGUGACUUGAAUCGUUUAUUGCUUCUGUUGGCCGAGAUGAGGAGCAAAUGCAGGCAGCAAUUUAAUCAUUCUCACGCUCAAAUCCUAUCACAGGCCCUGCUUGCGGCCGCAGAAAAUGGACAAGACUUGGUAAUCGAUGUGUUGCUCAAGCAUAAACUUAACUUGGAUGUUUAUGGAGACCAAGGGAUGACACCUCUCAUGCUCGCAGCUACAAAUGGACAUCUGAAUGCUGUCGAGCGACUUUUGGCGGCAGGGGCCAACUCUCACUUGAAAAGCUCUGUCUCUGGACACAAUUCGUUUGAAUUGGCCUCGCUGUCAGAAAAUGCUCCACCUGAGUUGACACGCCUGCUGGCCAAGCACACCAUCAAGAAUGCAGAUGCACUUACUCCAAUGGUCGACCGUCGACGCAUCCAGUGGCCUCUAUCACCACAACCUACCACACAUCGCCUACUGAAACUACCAAAAAGUCCGCACAGAGCGUCUUCCCUGCCAGGUUCGCCCACCUAUCAGCGGUCGAUUUCAAGUACUACAGAAGACGACGGAUCGCGCACACCUAAAAAGAUCAAGCGAUUCUUGUCUUGCAUGACAAAUAUGAAGUGAAGGUGUUGUGACGUAACAUUACGAAAGUACAGUUUAUGUUCCAUAAUUAUAUGAUAAGCGUUGAAAUUCAGUUU